UUAACCCAAAAAUCUGUACUGCAGCUUUAUUUUCUUUUGAGAAGAAAAAAAACAUCAUAAAAGUUCCAAUAUCUUACAGUAGCUUUCUCAGUUUAACAUAUCCCAUUCACUAUUAAAUACAUUUUUUUUUUUAAUCAUAGAAGGUCCUCCAGUAGACAAUUACCUUAUUAAGAUUAAAAAUAACCAAAAGGUUAAUUUGUUUUUAACUUGAGUGUUAUUUGCUUCACAACACUCUUAAGGGACUCAGUGAUGACAUUAUAGUAAAGCACAUGAGAAUAUGGCAACACUCAAAUUGCAUGUUCAACAAUAUACGACCAUAUUUCAUUUAAGUGCAUCCAGAGGAACUAUAGAGAUUCCAGAGAAACACGUUUGAUAUCUUUGAUGUGCAGAUCAGCCAGCACAGACCAAUCUUUUGGAUUCUUCAAUGUCAUCUUAGCAUUAUCUACUGCAGAGUGCAUUUUUUGUUUUAAGUGGUUUCCCAAUUAUAGCUUGAAUCAUAUUAAAUUAUUAUUAAAUUAUAAUUAUUGUUAUUAUAAUUAUAUGAUAUUUAAUUACCAGGAUAUUUAAGUGAAAAAAAAUCUUGACAGUUGUGAAAUGAACAGUUCAGAAUUUAACAAACGCAAAGAUUUCUUUGGGGAAGCCGUUUUCAAAAACCUCACUGUGGUUGUAUUUGCUGUCAUUAUCAAUUCUAUCAAUAGCUUGCUGCUUUAUACUUUAUUCAAGAACCCUGUCUUCACUCAGGAGCCCCGCUACAUCCUCUACAUGCAGCUUAUCAUCAAUGACAUCAUUACACUGUCUGUCUGUGUGAUUAUGUUUGUGUUUACUUACUUAAUACCAAACUUGAAUGUUGCUAUCUGCUGCAUUUUCAUCCUCAUUGCAAACAGCGUCCACAAAAACUCGCCACUCAACCUGGCCGGCAUGGCUAUUGAGCGCUUUGUGGCCGUCUGCUACCCUCUACAUCAUGCACGAAUAUGCACCAUCCAAAACACCAAAAUCCUGAUCGGCAUCAUCUGGCUGGUGGGAGGCCUGCCUGGCAUAGUGGACCUGCUUGUUGUUUUGGCUCUUCGUCCACUCUCCUUCUUUACCACUAGCCGCAUGUGCUUCCAGCAAAAUGUGUUCAAUUUUGAAUAUAAUAUAAUAAGCAGCGCUGUUUUAAACAUCGGCUACAUGUGCUCAGUGUGGGUGCUGCUCUUCUACACUUACUUUAAAGUGCUGUUCUCUGCUAAAGCAGCUGCUUCAGAACCAGCUCAAGCACAGAAAGCUAGGAGAACCAUUUUACUGCAUGGGGUCCAGUUACUGCUCUGUACACUGUCCCUGUUCACAGCGGUCCUGGAUGGGGCCUUAACGGCUCUCUUUCCUUACUAUCAGUCAGUUAUCUACUUCUGCACGUUCAUUCUCACCAGCAUUUUACCACGUCUGCUGAGCCCUCUCAUAUAUGGCAUGAGGGAUCAAAAGUUUAAGAAGUACAUGAUGAGCUCACUGAUGUGUGGCUCCGAGAAGAAAUCCAUUAAUCCUUCCGAUUAGCAAAAUUGUAAUUUUCUGUCUGUUAAAAAAAAAAAAAGUAUGUCAAAUAUAUGAUUUGUAAUAAGCAAAAAUAAAUAUUUUUCUAUAGAAUUGAAUUUAUAGAAUUUAUAGAUGUUUAUUUCAGCAUACAUGGAGAAUAUUAGUGAGAAACAUUCAACCAGUGUUAUUCAGUAUAAUUUAAAUUGAUUAAAAUGACUGAUGAUGGUUGAAAACAAUCGAUUUAUCAGUCUUCAAACAUCCUACAUUCCUGCAUCAGUUCUUCUCCAAGCAUUGUGCAAUGUUAAGGCAUGUCCUAAAAUGCUUUCUUUUAGAGACGAUGGAUGUGGAUGCACUACCAAAUUAUGGAUGAGCAUUUUGCUCUUUGGCACUAUCAUAUGUUUUGUGUUGUCAAUUAGAUGGGUCACACUGUGCAACUUCAUGUAUCUUUAAACUAUGGGUAGUUACAUUGGACCGACUCAGGUUGAUUCAGCUGUUCUAAUCUCCUCUUUUCUGCCUUUCUUGUGAAUCAUAAUCUGAACAAAAAACAAUACAAAAAGGCUCACACACUGUUAUUGUCAGUAUAUGACAAUAUAUCAGGGGUUCCUAAACUUUUCCAUUCCAGGACACACCAGACAAGUAUAAUCUAUGUCAAGACCCAAAUUUAAUAAAAUAUAAAUCCAUGAAAACAAA